AUGGCGGCGGCGGCGCUGAGGGACCCGCCUGAGGGCAGUGUGACUUUUGAUGAUGUGGCCGUGAACUUUUCCUUGGAGGAAUGCGGUCUCCUUGACGAGGCUCCGAGAUGCCUGUACCAUGAUGUGAUGCUGGAGAACUUGGCACUUACAACUUCCCUGGGUUGUUGGCAUGCAGAAGAGGAUGAGGAGGCACUUUCUGGGCAGAGUAUCUCUGAUCAAGGAAGCUCACAGAUCAGAAUUGUUAAGGCAGGUCUGUCUCCCCAGAAGGCCAACCUCUAUGAGAUGUGUGGCCCGAUCUUGAGUGACAUUUUUCACUUGGCUGAGUACCAGGCAGCACGCUGUGGGCAGAAACUACACGCGUGGGGUGUGUGA